GUGGAAUCCAUAAACGAUCACGCGUUGCGCUCUCCUCUUCGUGCGAACUCGACCAGUCGACCUCCAUCUUCUCAAAUUCACCCCAUCGGUCAAGCCCACCAGCCACCGUCUGCCUCUCCUCCGACACCGUCACACCGUCUCGCCUCUCCCACUGUCACACCGUAUAUCUCGUCUCUCUCACUAGCCACCGUCUCACCUCUCCUCCGUCACACCGUCCCGCCUCGCCGCCUUGACAGAAAUUCAAUUGUGUAUCAGUAAUUGCCAACGAUUUCUUAGGCCAUUAGUUAGUUAAUUGCAGAAGUAAAGGGGAUAUUUGGAAGUUUCAAGGAAAAAAAAAGGGCGGGCCAGGUCGGGGCGACCUGCCCCGGUGCGGGCUAGGUCGCGGGGCGGCCUUCAUGGACCCGUGGCGGGGCACGGGCCAGGUCGGGGCACGGGCCUACGGUUUCGGGGCAGGUCCGGGUACUGAACUACCCGGUCCGACCUGCCCCAUUGCCAUCCCUAGCCCUACAGCAUUUGGUUUUUACUUUUUAGACACCGCCGCUGUCCUCUCUUACUUUCAUUUUCAUUUUGUGCUCUCGUUCUGCUCUUUUCAUUUUCAUUUCUCCCUCCGGAUAACCUGCUACCGACCACUUCUUCCGUGUCAAGUGUGGAAAAAUGGGGACUCGAGAAGUCUACGAAGAGAAGCUUCGAAGAGGGAACCUGCACCAUGAUCCAACCCUGAAACCGGGCCUCGGCUCGGCCCGAUGCCCCCGUUGUCUUUCUCUGUUGAACCCAAGCAAAGAAAGUUCGGAAUGGAAAGUCGCCCCGGUUUUACACGAUGCCAUGUCUAUGGCUGGAUCCGGGAUUGGUGGGAUGCUUAGUGCAGUUCAUGGGUUCAAUACAGGAAUUCCAUAUUUCCAGAAGAACGUGAAAGGGCCAAAGUGCCUUCCAUUUGUCAUUGGGCUUCCUCCCCUGCUUAUGUUUUCCGCUGCUAGUGCUGCUUUUGGAGGUUAUGCACUUCCAAAGUUUGCUCAACUCACGGUGACAUCCUAUUUUACUGCUUCAAGUGCAUCUCAUUAUGGCAUUUCAUUGCUCACCCGACACAUAGAGGAGGACUAUAUCUCCAGAAUCGAACAUAAGGAGCUUAGAUGAAUGAUUGCAGGUGGUACAAUAUGAACUUUUUUACUGGUGACCAAUUUUUUCAGCCUUUAAACUUCUACUAAAUGUAUAUCUAGUAACUUCUUCCUUUUCAUUUAUUUCUUUGACGGAAAAUUUAUGCGUGCUUACUUAUGGUGGUGUAUCCUCUCUGCCACACAUACAAAUUUUUACUUGUAAAUGUAUUGAGUGCUCAAAUUUUUAACUGUUUCCAUACUCAGCUUGUUCAAGUUUCCAUAAUGCUUGGUACGGGCUAUAGUAAAUUUUUUUCCAUGUAUUCGUGUUAUGUUUUGUACUGGAUCUUUUGCAUAUGGAUGACUGGAAGUCUGGAAGCAUAGUACAUAG